GUGAAUGGAUUUUAAAACACGAUUUUAAGGUAGAACUAGUACAAUGGAUAAAAAUGGUGUAAUAGGAAUAGUUUAAAAGACUUCAUAACCAAUAAGUAAAUAAAGUGAACCAUAAAUAAUUACAACUAAUAUGAAUACGUAUUAAAAUCCUCCAUCAUACUAUUUUCAGAAGUUCCAAAAGAAUGCUUAGAAAGUAUUAUAAUCAGAAGCAGAUAUUGAUUUAACUCCUUCAACAAGAUCUGAUUAUCCAUCUUAUAAAUUUAGACAUGAUUUCUAAAAAUUGAAUAUGGAUGAAUAUGAAAUUAUCGCAAUUCCAAAAAAGGUAUUGGAAGGUGAGAAAUAUUCAAUGACUCAUUCAUUUGUUCCCGUAAUGAAUAAAGCAAUAAAUAACAAUAUGGGUAAUUCAUAGAUUGGUUAGAGUUAACAAUUGAUAAAAACUCAUUCAGAUAACAGUUAUUCAAGAUAAUUGAAGAAUGUUAAUCCAUAACAAAAUCCAAAUCCCUUUAUAUAGGCUGGGUAUGGAGCACUCAAACAGAAAUAGUUAUAUUUACAAAAUCUAAGAAAAUGACUUAGC